CCAAAACCAUGCCUUCUUAUCUUUCUAUCGCUUGACGGCGCACAGUAAUCUGAAGGCACCUAAAAGAUACAGUGGCAGUUUCAUUACGAUAACGAAUAGGCGGAUCGGAUCUCUCUCUAAAAAAUUCGCCAUAUGUGCUUUUACCCUAUUAAACUCAUUUCAACAGCAUCCGCUCUUGAAUACGGUUAGGACAGAGUGAAAACCGAGAAAGCCGUGAUUUAAUUCCUAGCAAAAUGGAUUGGGCAACGGAGUAUCCGUUUCCGGAGGCCAACAGCAGUAUGGUGUUCAAUAAGAGUAUUGACAAUAUAAACCAGAUACUCGCGACCAGCUUUAACAUGGCUCCAGAACAUGCCCUAGAAGCAGAGGAGUACGGCUGCUUCACCGCUAACUGCUCACCCUCUGAAUACGUGGAGUUUGUUCUGGGUCCACAGACGCUACCACUCUACAAGGCGAUUUUGAUUACCAUUAUAUUCGGUGCUGUUUUUAUAACUGGUGUCAUAGGAAAUCUUCUUGUGUGCAUAGUGAUAAUACGGCAUUCCACAAUGCACACGGCGACUAAUUACUACCUCUUCAGUCUCGCCGUUUCUGAUCUGCUCUACUUACUCUUCGGACUACCCGCUGAAGUAUUUCUGUACUGGCACCAGUAUCCGUUUCUGUUUGGAUUGACCUUCUGCAAGAUACGAGCAUUCAUAUCUGAGGCAUGCACCUAUGUGUCGGUGUUUACGAUCGUUGCCUUUUCCAUGGAGCGCUUUUUGGCCAUCUGCUAUCCGUUGUACCUGUAUGCAAUGGUUGGCUUCAAGCGUGCCAUGCGGAUCAUAACUGCGCUGUGGAUUAUAAGUUUUCUAAGCGCCAUACCGUUUGGUUUACUCACUGACAUUCAGUAUCUCAUUUAUCCGCUAGAUAAUGCACCCAUAGCGGAGUCUGCUUUCUGUUCAAUGUCUCCUGAGGUUCCGAAUAUCCUACCCAUAUUCGAGCUAUCGUUUUGUGUGUUCUUUGUGAUUCCCAUGAUCAUUAUAAUUUUGCUAUACGGGCGCAUGGGAGCCAAGAUUCGCUCAAGAGCCACACUUAAAUUGGGUGUUCGCCAUGGGACCAUUAAUCAAGAGGCAAGGAACUCGCAAAAGAAAAAAAAGACAGUCAUACGAAUGUUGGCCGCUGUUGUCGUCACAUUUUUUGUUUGCUGGUUUCCGUUUCACAUUCAAAGACUUUGGUACUUGUACGCCAAGAAUAUCGAAAACUUUCAAGAUAUAAACGAAUGGCUCUUUUCUAUCGCUGGAUUCGCAUACUACGUGUCAUGCACCAUCAAUCCAAUCGUAUACAGUGUGAUGUCACGUCGCUAUCGGGUGGCAUUCAAGGAAUUACUCUGUGGCAAGCCUGUGGGAGCCUACUACAACAGUGGAUUCGCACGGGAUUGCUCGAGCUUUCGAGAGCCCACAACGGCAACAACUAACAAAAGAGGCUACGACCGUGUCCAAUCUGUUCACGUUCGAUCUAGCCAUUAUGAUAACGCUAACGAAACAGCUUCUAUGUCUUCGAACAGAGUGCUAAUCAAGAAAACAUAUAGCCUUCCUCUACCAAAGAAUGCAGACUCCACAUUAAUAAGCAGAACAGAUAUUGUGAUUGUACUGGAAAAUAGUGCAAGUGCCCGAACGGAUGGCGAAGAUUCAAAGGAAACUUGCAUUUAAACAUUUUUUUAGAUCUAACGAACUGGGAAAACAACCUUCACAUGAUUUCUAUAUGGAUUAUGCGCCAAAUACUGGGAAUCUUCUCAGUUAUCGUUUGCACAUAGGAUCUCCCUCCUAUGUAAUUUUUUUCUAUUAAUAAGCAAAUAUAUUAGGACAUAAACGAUCUUUUAGAAUACAUAAUUUAUUUAAUUAUAGGGUAAUUGAUUUUACGAUUACGAUAAUACUCUGACUGCACUUUAUAAACCCAAUGCACGCUCACUCCUUAAUCAUUUCUUAUUCAUAGGAUAAGGAAUUAGGGAUUAGGAAUUUUUAAGGCAAAUACCAAUGUAUAUAUAAAUAUAAUUCUAAAGCAUAAAUAUAAUAAUUAUUAUUACAGACAGAAUGAAAACGGAAACUUCCUAGUUACAAAACUCUCGUGAGUAGCGUAGAGAAAGACCAACAUCGUGUGCUUACGAUCGAGAUAAACCUUUCGUUGGCUUUUAAGAUGCAGAUAAUUAUAAUAUUUCAAAGACCGAAACUAACUGGCUUUUUAUCAAUGAACACAUUAACGAUUUACAGUUUCUAAGAUGUUUUGCAUGACAAUGAUAGAAACCAGCAUUUCUUUAUAUCUUGUUCUCCUAAAAGAAACCAAUGCCAAAUUGCCAAACCAAAACGAAAGUUGUACCAUUAUAAUCUAUAAUUAUAGUUCAUUUUCAUUUUCAUUAUCUUACGCUUGAAGAAUGCAUAAAUUAUCGAAAUUAUAAUAAA